AUGAUGAAGGCACCACGAGCCAUUGUGAAUCUUUUAUCGGAUACUGUGACCCGUCCCAAUGCUGCUAUGCGGCAGGUGAUUGCAGCAGCAAAAGUGGGUGACGAUGUGUUUGGUACCGAUCCGUCUGUUAAACAGCUCGAGAAACUAGCGGCUGAGCGUCUAGGCAAAGAAGCAGCGCUUUACGUGCCUUCCGGCACCAUGUCGAAUCUCAUUGCCAUCGGCACGCACUGCAGUCGUGGAGACGAAGUCAUUUGCGGGAACCGAGCACACAUUUUUCUCUACGAAGGUGGUGGAGCUAGUGCGUACAUGGGAGUGGGUUUGCACACAGUACCCAACCAACCGGAUGGAACGCUCGCGAUCCAAGAUAUGUUGAAUGCCAUCCGCAGUGAUGAUCCGCACUACCCGCGUUCGAAACUUGUAGCGAUCGAAAACACACAGAACUUCUGUGGUGGUCGCAUUUUGCCUCUCGCAUACAUUCGCGAAGUCGAGCAAUUCUGCCACGAGCAUGACCUCCGUCUUCAUGUUGAUGGAGCCCGACUGGCAAACGCAAGCGUAGCGACUGGGAUUCUGAUGGACGCAUUGGUCAGUGGUGCCGACUCGGUAUCACUCUGUUUGAGCAAGGGAUUGGGCGCUCCCGUGGGCUCGAUCCUUGCAGGUUCAAACAAGUUCAUUCAUCGUGCCACCCGUCUCCGCAAGUCACUUGGUGGAGGAAUGCGCCAAGCUGGUAUCAUUGCGGCUGCAGGAUUGUAUGCGCUAGAGCACCAGUUUGAUCGCCUCGUGGAAGAUCACGUCAAUGCUCAGGCUUUUGCCCACGGGAUUGCCACGAUACCGGGUAUCGAAAUCGACCCUGACGAUGUCGACACGAACAUUGUUUUCUUCAAAGUACCAGUGGAUGCUAAGCUGGAUGCCAUGGCAUUGACAGAGAAGCUCGAGAAUGAAAAAGGAGUGCUUGUGGGUGGGUAUGCGGAUGGCAACCGCAUUCGAGCAGUGACGAAUUUGCAUGUGUCUAGCAAUGACAUUGACUACACUAUAGCAGCAAUUCGGCAACUAGUGCUUAGCUGA